AAAAAGAUUGAAAAAGUGACAACUUUCUUUGUUUUAGCUGCUGAACCAGGUUCAGGCCCGGCUUGUUCAACCUGUUUGCUGCUUCAAAAAUCUUGCUUGUUAUUCAGGAAGAUGUCCACAUUCCUCCAGAUGGUUUGGAGUUUUUAGCUGACUUCUCCCUUCAUCAGGGUUACAGAAAUGAAGUAAGAAAGACUUGAGAAGACGUUCUAUGUCUUUUAAAUGACAGGCGGAGCACAGAAAAACAAGGAAACCUAUUGUUUUUAUCAACACAUUCUCUAAAGGAAAGGACAUUCCCACUAAAGGAAAGGACAUUACCAGCUACCAAAGUUAGUUCAUCCUGUGGUUGAUCACUCAAUGGAACAAGAAUCACAGAUCGUACGUUAAUCAAGGACAGGAGGAACGAAAAAAUGGAAAGAAUGGAAAGAACAAAGUCUUUGUCAUUGACAAUACUAUUUCUGGUGGUCCUUUACAAGAACCCACUCGCCUCAGCACAAAACUUCACAACAGUUGUUUCGUCUGCUGAGACCACAACAACAAAUCCUCCGGUCCCUGGUUACCAAACCAUUCCAGCUAAUGUGACAGUGGCUGUGGGAGAACCUGUGGAGUUUAGAUGUGGAGUGUCUAAACAAUCUCCAAACCUUACAUUAACUCUUUAUGGUAGCCAUGGGAACUACAGCCUCAAAUGUCCAAAUGACCACAUAGAAGAUAUUCCCCAGGCUCUCAGUGGAAACUGCUACAUAAAGGAUGGGGAGUCACUGGCUGUGUGGACUCUGAAGGGAACAGCCUUCCCUGACAACGGCACAAGAGUCAUUUGUCAGCAGGAAAACAACCCUAAAGCACCUUCUGCUGUCCUGCAUCUUUAUGAUAAUGGCUCCUCGUACGCAGCUCUUAUUGGAUGUUGCGUCGGGGGAUUCUUUGGGAUCCUGUUGGUGUUUGGUCUGAUGUUCCUCAUUUUAAGAAAUUCUGCACUACCAACUCAGUGUCUCGAGAGAGGCCCAGAGGACGACUUGGAUGAAAUAAUAAAGGAAUAACAGAAGGCUUGAGAAACUCCAGAAAGAAAUGUGGUUUGAAUAAUCCAAUUCAAGUUCCAUUAUGAAGAUGUUUUGUGUAAAUAAAUGUCCAAAAAUAAGAAUAAAUCUAAAGUGAAGUGAAGCUGCAUUACAACAAUAACAAAUUAGAGUUUUCAUUUGACUCUCAGUUCACUGUUUUAAUGGCUGCAAAUGAAAUUGGCCAAAAGUGAUCAGCUGUUCUGCAGCAGGAGCCUGUUACAGAAAUUGUGGUAACAAUACAGAGGAGAUAAUCACAGAGAUCCUUCUGUAUGAAAAAAGAGAUGAACACCAGCUGAAAACUGAGUCACUCUAAACUUUUCUAAGUACCGGUAUUAACAAUUUUUGCUGUUUCUACCUGUUUGGUCAGUUUACUGCAGUUACACAGUUUUCCCACUUGAGGGAAGCACUGAGAUAAAGAAAAGGUCAUCAUAGAUUGCAAACUGAAAGCAUGCUUCCCCACGCCAGUUUUAUUUGUUUUUUGUUUGUUUCUAUGUAAAAAAUAACAAAGAAAAGGGGGGGGGGGGGGGGUUAAGAUCAAAUAUAAUAAUAACUUAGUCUUUCGCAUUGCACUAACUAAUGAAGGAAUGGAAGGUUUGAAGUGAAUUCUGUCCUACCUCUAGAAUUUACCCUUUGCAUUUAUUUGCAGUUUUUGUUGUGGGGGUUUUGUGAAUGCCCCCCUUUAUUAAAUAUAUACAAGUCUAAA